CCAUAUUAAAAUUCCUUAUUUUGUUAUUUUUGAUUCAUGUUAAUAUGGUAUUCGGUUUUUUCUUUGGGAAUAUGUUACACCAAAGUAUUGUUUCGUGAUAAUUUGAGUCCCGCUGGCGCUAUGUUGUGCCGCAGUUUGUCCAAUAACCUUGUCCACUGAGCAUUGAUGUAGCAGGAUCCAUGAUUGCGAAUCAACACAAUAAUGCAGCUGUUGCGUAUAAUUUCAACGCUGCCAAUCGACAGCAAAUACAAAUUGUCGAUGCAAAUACACUGCAGCCUUUAACGCAAUCAAUGGUAACUGGAGAAUACAAACGUGAUGAGGCUGUCGCUGACAAUACUCAAAUUAUCUAUGGCACAGCUACUACGGCUGCUGCAAAUUUUGCACCUGUGAUGGGUCAAAAUAUUCAGCUUGUAUCUGCAGUACCAAAUGCAGUUGAACUAGCAAACAGUACAUUCGACUCGUCAAUGAUUGUUCCCCAGGAGCCUUCACAAGCAGGUAUGGAUAUGGAGCCCAUCGACUUGGAAGAGGUUCAGAAAAUUCAAGCCCGUAUGCCUGCUGCUGAUCCUAAUGCUCCUGUUGGUUCAAACAAGAAUCCCAUUAGGAUUAUACAGCAAGGAAACCAAUACAUAACCACCCAGGAUGUUUCCGACGAGCAUUUACAACAAAUAAUCCAAGUUUUAACGAACCAAGCAUUACUGUCAAGUAGUACCUCUCGACCGAGUGCUAUUUAUAAUCGUCUUACAAAUCGCCGCAUUAUAUUUCGCGUAACACGUGCCAAACGUCGUCGUGACAGUAGUAACGCUGAUUCUACAACUCAUAGUGGUGAUCGAAGUAGGUCAAGCGUUACUGUGAAAAGUGAAAAGAAGAACAGAAUAGGUCGGCCUAUCGGAAAAAAGCGUAGAAAGCGUGAUUCAGACGAGGAUCCUGACUUUGAACCUGAGGUUCCAGAAGAAGAAGUGUUACCAUUUCCACUAAUGAGGCGAACAUCUGCAUCUGGUCGAGUUUCUAAGCCACCGAAACACUUGGUUAAAGAUUACAAACAUUUAAGGCUAGAAGAUUUAACAUCUAAACCAGAGUCGAGUGAAGAUGAUGAUCAUUCUGAUGGAGGUUAUUCGGAUUAUAUUAACGAUGGCCUAUCUGAUGAAGGCUGGUCCGAGGACGGCGCUAAUAAAAGUCUACGUUGGCCUUGUCCUCUGUGCACUAAAGUGUUUACUUCUCGCGCUGGAGUCGCUCGACAUCGAAGUAUUGCCCAUGGUCCAAAUCGUGGUCGACCCAGAGGUCGUUGGGCUAAUCCGUACAUGGCGAGUGUUCGGCGUAGAGCUAAACUGAAAGAAGCUAUUGCUGAGGCUACUGAUGAAGAUUUGAUUGAAUUUGUUGGACCGAAAUUGUGUAAACUGAUUAGUCCAUGGGAUCAUCUGCUUUUACGUUCUGAACAAGGUAAUCCUCCUCUGCCUCAAGUUCCUCGUGUUGUAUUGGAUUAUUUGAGUUUAGUGGAGCGUGCUCGAUCAUUUCUUUCUGAUCAGUUAGAGGCACAACCAAGACGUCCUAAAAAUUCGAAAAAGACAUCUGAAGGGAAUUCAGAAAAUCAGAAAGGUGAAACGAAUGAAGCGGGUGAAUCCCAAGCAGAUGGUGAGGGAUCACAAAAUAAGUCAAAAUCUCAAGAAAAUGGUGUUGGUGAGGAAGAACAAGAUGGCCAGGAUGGGGAGGAGGAAGAGGAAGACGAAGAGGAUGAAAAUGAUGAUGCCAUCAUAGUUAAGGUCGAUACAGAUGAACAGUCAGCAGCUUUAGGUUUACCGCGUGGCAAGUAUAUUGUUAAAGAACCUUUAUGUGAAGAAUACCUGCCUAGACGUUUUCGAUCAGUGCUGGCAGCACAACGAGCUAAAGCAGCUGCUGCAGCAGAUGGUUCCGACUCUGAUAAUGCCAGUGUAGGACAUGCAAAACGUGCAGUGAUUGCUGUGGAAACAGCUGAAGACGAUGAAGUGGAUGCAACACUACGCAGUGAAAUAACUUCAACUGAAGGCAAUACAAAUCAAGCUACAGAUAAUCAAUCUCAAAAUAUAAUUUCAUUGGGUGAAGAAUUGCUUCUUCUUCCUGAAGGUGGUUUAGGCGGUCCUGUUCCAGAUGAAUGGCUUACCAGUGGUGCUUUUCUUACAGUAUUAACUGAAAAUGGUCAAACUAGUGAUUUAGUUAUGGAAGCUGCUACCGGCCGCCUGUUCCAUCGUCCAACCGGUCAUCUAGUCAGUCUAGCUGAUUCUCAGCAAACAAAUCAAUCCGGUGAAGCCGGGGAAUUCCAAGGGGAAAGUUAUACUGCUGCAUAUUCACAAAAUGGUGAUGAACAAUCAGUUUCAACAUCGAAACAAUCUAUUCCUGAGAAACGUAAAGGUGUUAGUGGUAGUGUGUGCUAGUACAUCAACAAAGUCGAAACCUUCAUCGAAGCCACGGACUAAAGAAGAGCCUGAUGCAGGCAAUAAUGAUGUUUUAUCACAACAAGAACAAAUACUUGCACAACUUGCUGAGAAUGGAGAUGUUGUCGAUUUGAAUACACUUUUCCCUGGAGUAUCUGUUACCGAAGUGUCACCUGGUGUUUGUCUGGUCACUAAACCGAAUGGAGAUCGUUUCAAUGUUGAACAUGGUGGUGAAGGCAUAACAUUGGAAACACUUCAAGCUAUUCUACAGAUGGAUGCCUAGUUCAGACACUACUACUAGAACUACUACUACACGUGCAAAUGUUUUUCUUCCUACAUUUGAUCUCUUGUAAAUAUCAGUAUAUAUAUAAUAUACACACAUAUAUCAACAAU